AUGGAUUCAACCAAUAUCGUCAUUCCCUUCGACUUCCCAUUUGCUAUUUUGGAACACCGUCAUAAUUCGGAUCCAAAUAGUAAACUUGUUUAUGCUGUUGCUGACGGUCAAUAUACCUACGGUCCACUUUCAUUAUAUCAAUAUCAUAAUGAUGAGCACUAUUCGAAAACUAUAAGAGAUGACGAAUUACCACCAUCAUUGCCGUGCAAAGAGUUUUACAUUGUCGAAUCAGGCUUCACAACCGAUGAUGCAUUCGAAAUCAUCGAUGAAAAUCGUGGACAAAUUUACGUCAAAGAACUUCCUUCGAUGGAUGAUGAUUCCAUGAUGACAAUUGAUCAAGAACCGGAACAAGUUCAUAUGAAAGAGCUCUUCAAAGAAAUGGCUGAAUGUAAAAACGAAAUUCGGAAUUUGAAGUCAAUCGUGUUGUCAGAAAAUCGUUUCAAUAAACGUCGAUCAACUUCAACAGAUUCACCAGGUCUUCGCAGCACCGAAAACAAUGCUAAAUGGAUUCGUGGCGGUACCGGAAAUCGAUCAACAAAUAAUGGACAUAUGUCCGACGAUGGUGGUGUGUCAACUCCAUUACGUUAUACGAAGACAACUGGUAUUCGUAAACCACAACAAGUGCAAUCAUCAAUCGUUCAACGAAGCGUUUCAUCAACAAUGGCCAACAAGAAUAUUCUUACACCUCUUCGUGGUAAAACAGGUAUGACAACAUCAUCAUCAAUGUCAUCUGUAACAUCGAAAUAUGCAACACCGAUGAGAACAACGACAGCUGUAGUUACGAAUAAAAAGGUCGUCUUGAAAAAUGUGAAAUCAUCUGGCUACGGACAAUUUAGCGUAACGAAUAAUACGACGACAAUGAUCAAGAAACAACAACAACAACUUGCAACAUUAGCUACGCCUAACCGAGCAUUUCGAAAAUAA